AUGAUUAAAUCAUAAAGUAAUGACCUUGAAGAUUAAGAAGGAAAUAAUGAAAAAUACAAUCUACUUUCUUCUGGAUAUCAAUCUCCUAAAUUAAACUUAACCUCAAGAUGUAGGCUAUUUAUGACUUAAUAUGAGAGACAAAUAAUAAGAUCUUUAUUAAGUUCAAAUAUUUAGAGAAUUCCUUUUGAAAAUAGUUAUUUAUAUUUAGUGAAUUAUGAUUCAGAGUUGUCAAUAUUUAAAAUUUAAGGAGAUUAAAUAACAAAAUCAAUCUAAACAGAUACUUUUGCCGCAUUUGUUAAAAUUCAUUCAUCAUCAACAAAUUCUAAGAGAAUAAAGAGUUAUUUGAUAGAUAGAAAUAAUAUCAUAUAUCUCUAUGAAAUAGAUUUUAAAAAAGAUGAAAGUCCUUUAUUUAGAAAAGAAGAACUAGAAAUAAAUUAAUUUUUAAAGUUAGAAAAUAGUAUUUUCUUAUCAGUAAUAAAUUAACUCGUAUUUAGUGUUUUGUAAAUCAAAAUGGUUCCCUACUAGCGAUGGUUUCAGAUACUAAAAUUUUCUUUUUAUAAGAUGAUGUAAUUAGGGAAAUAGAAAACCCUCUUCAAAUUAAAUCCUUCCCCUAUUACUUUAAUUUUGAAUAAAAAGUAAAUUUAGAAUUUAGCGCAGAUAAGAAGUGUUUUAUUAUUGCUUAUGAUUCUUUGGUUUUUAUUUAUGAGAAUUUUUUACAAUUAAAAAAGUUUGAACUUAAAAAUAAGUAAAAAGUUUUGAAUGUAUUUUAUUUAAUUUUAUUAGAUUAAAUUAUUCAAUAACUAACUUAUAAUACUAACAAACAUAGCAAUAAUAAAAAUUGAUAAUAUAUUUAAUGAAUAUAUUUAAUUAAAAGAUUAAGAUUACUUUAAACCAUUAGAUUCUGAAAGGACAAUAAAAUAUGGAACUUUUGAAAUAGAAAAUUAAGAAAUAAAAUCAGUAAUUAUUUAUGAUAGCUGUCAAACAUUAUAUUUAAUUGAAAUGAAUAGUAUUUAAAUGGGGUAAAUGGAUAUUAAGGAAAUAAAAGCAUAAUUUAAAGAAGAUGAAAAAAUUUAAAUGAUAGAAGUAGAAAGAAAAACAGUACAAUUUAUUGUAAUGAGAAUUUUUUUUUUCAAAAAGAAUCAUGA